GCUCGGCGGAUUCUAGCACUGCCUUCACGUUAGUGUGGCUCAGUCACCGGACGAUAGAAGAGCUCCGGGUUUUGGAGGGCUCCCCCGGGCAGGACUGCAGCAUGGGGCGGCCGGGGAUGUACGGAUUCAUGUGGGUCACUGCGGUGCUGCUCAGCCGAGGCGGAGGGAUCUAUGGUUUCCAGUGUCUUGAUACCUACAGACCGUGUCUCAAUGGCGCUAAGUGUACAAUGUAUUCUAAUGGAGAAGCUUCCUGCGUAUGUCUUACUGGUUGGAUUGGGGAACAAUGCCAAUUUAAAGAUCCAUGUGUGCCAACUCCUUGUGUCAAUGGUGGCGUCUGCCAGAGUUCUAUUAAAGGAGGAACUGUACAAUAUGAAUGUAGCUGCCCCAAGGGUUUCAGAGGACAAGAUUGCUCUCUCAUCGAUGCCUGUGCAUCCAACCCAUGUGAGAACGGGGCUCGUUGUACCAACUGGAAUGGGCGAUACAACUGUACAUGCCCCCCAGGAUACCAAGGACGAAGUUGCAGAGUGGAUAUUGAUGAAUGCCGAACUCCUGGCCUUUGUCAAAAUGGAGGCCAAUGUAUUAACACUGCUGGUUCGUUUCGCUGCCGCUGCCCUAGCAGCUUCACCGGCCAGUUAUGUGAAGUCCCUUACGUUCCAUGUUCACCUUCACAAUGCCAAAAUGGAGGCACCUGCCGACCAACUGGGGACCUCACAUACCAGUGUGUUUGCCUACCAGGUUUUGAAGGUCCAAACUGUGAGAUAAAUGUUGACGACUGCCCUGACCACAGAUGUAUGAAUGGUGGCACGUGUGUGGAUGGCGUGAACACCUAUAACUGCCAGUGUCCCCCGGAAUGGACAGGUCAGUUCUGUACAGAAGACGUGGAUGAAUGUCAACUCCAACCCAAUGCCUGCCACAACGGAGGGACCUGUUUCAACACCCUGGGCGGGCACACGUGCGUUUGCGUCAAUGGCUGGACGGGAGAAAGCUGCAGCGAGAACAUCGACGACUGCGCUACUGCUGUCUGUUUCAAUGGAGCCACCUGCCAUGAUCGGGUGGCUUCCUUCUACUGUGAAUGUCCCAUGGGCAAAACGGGUCUCCUAUGUCAUUUGGAGGACGCGUGUGUAAGCAACCCAUGCCACAAGGACGCAAUGUGCGACACUAACCCGGUGAAUGGACGUGCCAUCUGUACAUGCCCUCCUGGUUUUACAGGGGGAGCUUGUGAUCAAGAUGUGGAUGAAUGCUCAAUAGGUGCCAACCCUUGUGAACACUUCGGGCGCUGUGUGAACACUCAGGGUUCUUUUCAGUGUCAGUGCGGUCGGGGCUACACCGGGCCUCGCUGCGAAACGGAUGUGAAUGAGUGUCUGUCCACCCCUUGCCAGAACGAUGCCACCUGCUUGGACCGUAUUGGAGAGUUCACUUGUAUCUGCAUGGCUGGAUUUACCGGUACGUUCUGCGAGCUCAACAUCAAUGAGUGUGACAGCAGUCCAUGUGUUAAUGGCGGGGUCUGUAAAGAUGUGGUGAACGGAUUUACCUGUAGCUGUCCGGCUGGAUUUACGGGCUCAAUGUGUCAGAUUGACAUAGACGAGUGCGCCAGUACGCCCUGCAAGAACGGAGCCAAAUGUGUGGAUAGACCCAACGGUUACGAAUGUCGGUGUGCGGAGGGCUUUGAAGGACCUCUCUGUGAACGUAAUAUAAAUGAGUGUUCUCCUGACCCUUGUCACCAUGGAAAGUGCCGCGACGGCAUCGCCAGCUUCACCUGCACUUGUGAUCCUGGGUACACCGGCUAUCGCUGCGAGAACCAGAUCAAUGAAUGCCACAGUAGCCCUUGUCUGCAUGGAGGAAAAUGCAUUGACCUGGUCAACAAGUACUUGUGUUACUGUCAGCCGGGGACUUCAGGUGUUAACUGCGAAUACAAUUUCGAUGAAUGUUCCAGCAACCCAUGUGAAUACGGUGAAUGCAAAGACGGGAUAAACAGAUAUGACUGUGUGUGCAAACCAGGAUUUACAGGUCCCCUCUGUAAUGUAAAGGUGUCGCCCUGUGCAUCUAACCCUUGCCAAGCCGGAGGUAUCUGCCAGGUUAUGGACAGUGGCUUCCGAUGUGUCUGCCCUGAGGACGGAGGGCCUCGCGAUUCCCUGUGCAACCCCACUCAACCGUGUGUACCCAGGUGCAGUCACGGGACGUGCCGAAAAUCCAACGACGGGUAUGCUUGUGACUGCCACCCAGGCUGGCAUGGCAGGUCAUGUGACAGGCGAAGCACAGACAGCUGUUUCGGCACUUUUUGCCAGAACGGUGGAACCUGCAUGGUGGACCACACCGGAGUGCCUGUCUGCCGCUGCCGUGAUGGGUUUAUAGGAAAUUUGUGUGAGACCAAUAUCAAUGAGUGCGCCCCGGCCCCCUGUCUGAAUCAAGGGACGUGUGUGGACGGCAUUGCGGGAUACAGCUGUUUGUGUACACUGCCAUACACAGGUCAGACCUGUGAGACCCUGCUUGCCCCCUGCAGGCAUGAGCCCUGCCAUAAUGGUGGAAUCUGUACACCGACCCCAGACUAUGAGAGCUUCACCUGCACAUGUCCCCCUGGCUGGAAUGGUGAUUCUUGCGACAAUGAUGUGAACGAAUGCAAUCAAAACCCUUGCCAAAAUGGCGGCCAGUGCACCAACCUUCCAGGGUCCUACAACUGUGGCUGCAGACCAGGCUACACCGGGACGGACUGUGAGACGGAUAUCAAUGACUGUGCACCCAAUCCCUGUCUUAAUGGCGGCUCCUGCAGAGAUGGGAUAAACUCCUUUUCCUGCACCUGUCUUCCCGGAUUCACAGGAUCAAGAUGCACGAAUGAAGUUAAUGAAUGUAUAAGUAACCCUUGUCGCAACGGAGCGAGCUGCCUGGACUACGUAAAUAGCUAUGUGUGUAUUUGUGCACCUGGCUACACCGGACCAUUCUGUGAGAACAAUGUACAGGACUGCACAGAUAGUUCAUGCUUCAAUGGUGGUACGUGUGUGGAUGGCGUCAACACCUACACCUGUAUCUGCCGCCCCGGCUUCACGGGAUCUCACUGCCAGCAUGAAGUAAAUGAGUGUGACUCCCACCCCUGCCAGAACGGAGCCACGUGUGUGGACAAGGUGGAGUCCUAUCGCUGCAUCUGUCCUAAUGGAUACACGGGGACACAGUGUCAGAGUCUAGUGGAUCUGUGUCAGAGUUUUCCAUGCAAAAACGGUGGUCGUUGUGCACAGAAUGGUGCUUCUAUCCAAUGCGACUGCCCUCCAGGAUGGGCAGGAAUUUACUGUGACGUGCCCCGUGUCUCUUGUGAAGCGGCAGCCAGUAAAAAAGGUGUCCGUGUGGAUCAGCUUUGUCUCUCGGGAGGAACCUGUAGAACUACUGGCAACUCUCACAAGUGUUACUGCAGAGUGGGCUACACCGGAAGCUAUUGUGAGACCCCCAUCAAUCAGUGCGACCCGGACCCCUGUCAGAAUAGAGGCUCGUGUCAUAGCUACCUGGGUGGAUACGUGUGUGAAUGCCCAGCUGGAUUUGAAGGAAAGAACUGCGAGAUUGACAUAGAUGAGUGCCAGUCCCAUCCCUGCCAAAAUGGAGGGUCCUGCAUUGACUUGAUUGGGCGCUAUAUCUGCUCCUGUCCUCCUGGCACCCUCGGAGUGCUUUGCGAGAUCAAUGAGGACGACUGCUCCACCCUCACCAAUACAGGACAGCCGAAGUGCCUGAACAACGGGACCUGCGUGGAUAAAGUCGGUGGCUACCGUUGCAAUUGUCCUCCGGGUUACACUGGCGAGAGGUGUGAGGGCGACAUCAAUGAGUGCCUGUCUGGGCCUUGUGUUACCCACAACACCCGUGACUGCGUCCAGAUGGCCAAUGACUAUCAGUGCAUAUGCAAGAAUGGCUACACUGGUCGCCGAUGCCAGAGUGUGGUGAAUACCUGCGAGUCCCGUCCUUGUCAUAACGGCGGAGUUUGUCGGGUGACUGUAAAUACCCCUCUUGGCUACAUUUGUCGCUGCACCUCAGGUUUUACUGGUUCCUCUUGUGAGCACCCAGUGAAGUCCUGCAGAGACCUGACCUGUCCAUCUGGCUACACUUGUGUCCCUUCACCUCAGGGCCCUCGCUGUGUUUGCCCGCCUGGAAUUGAUUGCCGUCUUCUCAAUGCCACCAUGAUGACUCCUCGACUAGCCUCUUGUUCCCCUUCUCCGUGUCAAAACAACGCCCAAUGCGUGCAUUCUCCCAGCUUUCCCUACUUCAGUUGCAUUUGUCCCCCAGGCUUCUUAGGCGCACGGUGCGAUAGAAAAGCUCCGAUAGUCAAUUUCCCACCCCCGGCUCCAGAAUGUAGCCCGCCUCAAUGCCUUAAUAAAAUUGGUGAUGGCCAUUGUGAUAAGGAAUGCAGUUCUAAGGAGUGUCAAUACGACGGUGGAGAUUGCAUCUUUAAAAGAGAUGACCCGUGGAAGAACUGUCCCCGACAAGACUGCAGGGCCCGCUUCAACAACUCGCAGUGUGAUCCCCAGUGUACCACGGCUGAAUGCCUCUAUGAUAACUUUGACUGUCGAGGUGGAAGCGAACGCAGCUGCAACCCAGUCUAUGAACAAUACUGCAGAGACCAUUAUGGAGAUGGCCGCUGCGAUCAAGGAUGCAACUCUGAGGAAUGUGGCUGGGACGGUCUUGACUGUGCCGGAGGGCGAGAUGGAGAACAGCUAGCAAAUGGAGUGCUGGUCAUAGUGGUUCUACUUCCACCUGAGCAGCUCAUGAAGGAAAGCAAGUCAUUCCUGCAGAGGCUGAGUGCCAUCCUGAGGACCACACUGCGAUUCCGUGUGGACGAAAACGGGCAGUACAUGAUUAAACCCUACCGGAAAAGCCAGACAUCAGAACGACGUGUGAGGAGGGAGCUAGAUCAUGAUAUUAUAGGGUCUGAGGUUUCCCUGGAAAUUGAUAAUCGUUUAUGUAAGAAACAAGUGGAUGAAAAGGAGAUGUCUGAAUGCUUCCCUGAUACAGACAGUGCGGCGGACUACUUGGCGGCACUUAAUGCAGUAGACAUGCUACAUUUCCCAUACCCACUGAAAUCUAUAAUAAGUGAUAAAACGAAAGAAGAGUCUUCUGCUUUCCAUCUGCUGCCACUAGUAGCAGUGGCAGGACUACUGGUUUUAGUUGUGGCCGUGUUGGGUGUCCUGGUGUCUCGUAGAAAAAGAAACCAUAGCACUCUUUGGUUUCCUGAAGGAUUCAUCUUGAAGAAGGAAAGAGACCGCAGGGAGCCUGUUGGUCAAGAUGCACUUGGACUCAAGAACAUUGCCAAAGCUGAACGUCUCAUGGAAGAUCUAUCUGAAGACUGGACGGAGACAGACUGCCCUGAGACUAAGAGACUCAAGACUGAGGAGCUUUCACCGUGUCGCCAGGACCCCGUUGAUCCACGUCCCUGGACCCAGCACCACUUGGCGGCUGCAGAUAUUCGCCUUCCCCCAGCUACAGCGUUGACACCACCUCAGGGUGACUAUGAGAGCGAUGGCAUGGACGUCAAUGUUAGAGGGCCGGACGGAUUCACCCCACUUAUGCUGGCUUCCUUCCUUGGAGGUGGCCUGGAGCCUGAAUCACAAGAAGAGGAGGAAGAAGGGGAGGUUUCGGCUAUCGCUGACCUGAUUUGCCAAGGAGCUUCUCUCGGGGCUCAGACAGAUCGGACUGGUGAGACAGCGCUGCACCUUGCGGCUCGGUAUGCCCGGGCAGAUGCUGCCAAGAGGUUGCUGGAUGCCGGUGCAGACCCCAAUGCACAAGACAACACAGGCCGCACCCCGCUGCAUGCAGCUGUGGCUGCUGACGCACAAGGAGUUUUCCAGAUUCUGAUCAGGAACCGCUCCACAGAUCUGGAUGCUCGAAUGGGCGAUGGUUCCACAGCGCUAAUCUUGGCUGCCCGACUAGCAGUGGAGGGUAUGGUGGAAGAGCUGAUAGCCUGCCAUGCCGAUGUCAAUGCCGUCGAUGAACUUGGUAAAUCCGCUCUCCACUGGGCAGCGGCUGUCAACAAUAUUGAAGCUGCUGUGGCUCUGCUUAAGAAUGGCGCCAAUAAAGAUAUGCAGGACAGCAAGGAGGAAACGCCAUUGUUCCUGGCUGCCAGAGAGGGAAGUUACGAAGCCGCAAAAGUUCUUCUCGACCACUACGCCAACCGUGAAAUAACAGACCACAUGGACAGACUUCCCCGCGACAUAGCACAGGAGAGACUACACCAUGAUAUUGUUCAACUCCUGGAGGAACACAACACAGUCAGGGGGUCACAGGGGACAAUGGGAGGGCACACCAUGUCACCACUGCUCUGCCCUCCCAAUGGCUUCAUGGGAAACAUCAAGCAAAUGCCGCAAGGAAAGAAGAAUCGCCGGUCGGGCACCAAAUCUGGAGCAAGUCUAAAUCGGGGAGAGGCAAAGGAAGCCAAAAAUAGAAACAAGAAGCUGUCUCUUGACUGCCCCCCAGGGAGCGGAGGACUGAUGGAGAGCUCGGUUACCCUCUCACCAGUAGAUUCCCUUGAUUCACCCCGUGCUUACAGUGCUAAUCCUGGAUCUCCAGCUAUGCAGGCUGGUGGCACAUUUCACCUUGGCUCCAUAUCUGUGCCUUCCACCCCUCUUGUGAACGGGCUCAUGGAAGGGCCUUUUGCCGUGUCCCUGGCACGAUUAAAUGAGAUAGGAGAAUCUCAAGGAAACGCAAUACUGGCUCUGCAAGGAAGAGUGCCACUGCAGCGAGCACCAAGCUGUGUUGUCAAUGGGUUAAACCUGGGCAUGAUAAACCCAAACAAUAUGCCCUUUGCCUGGCAAGGCCCUGUGAAUCCGCAACACCAGGUACGCAAUGUAAUGGCAGGGGCUCCUGCAGGGUCUGUCCCUAACUUACAUCAGCUCCAUGCCCAGCAGGUCUUGAUGUUACAGAACCAGAUGGCCAUGCAAAGUCCCGUGAAGAUUCCAAUGGAGCAGUGCCAGAUGCCACCUAACACAACCCAUCUAAGGCAGCAGAGCAUGCCACAUGUAGCCGACAGGUCUGCUCAGCCUCUCACCCCUAAUGAAGGAAACUUCUUUAAGCAGCAAAGUGUUCCUAAUGAAGGCAGCAUACAGACGCCACCAACGGUGCCAGCCCCGUCUCAGCAGACCUUCGCUCCUUCUCAAGAAGAAACCCCUAAACACUACCUGCACAUCCCAAGUGAGCACCCAUAUCUGACACCUUCUCCAGAGUCACCAGAGCAAUGGUCCAGCCCAUCACCUCACUCAGUAUCCGAGUGGUCCGACGCCACCCCGAGCCCUGUGGUAGUUGGAGGUACACAAGGCCAGACAUCGCACCUACCUGAGCAAGCCACCAACAUGCAGGUGUUUGCCUGACCUGCCACGUACUUCCUAAAUGUUCUGUAGGUGCCUUCACAUCUUGCCUUCACUUAGACUCUUUGGCGUUCCACUCUCUAUACGCCACCUUACGGCGGUGCCCUUCCUGCCAGUUUGCUCUUUCUUACUCUACAAAAAAAAUGAAGUCUCAAGUGACUCUGUAAGAAUGUUUUAUGACGGGACCAUGAAGAAAAAAAACGAAAACUUCUCUACAAGGGGGACCAUUAUAUAUAUUUGUAUUUUUUGUAAAGACUAUUUCGUAACAGUAAACUUUUUUUUGUUGUUAUGGGAAGGAGAAAAGACAAACUUUGUUCUAUCCGCUGAUAUAAAAUGUAUUAAGUGCAAGGAAAAAAAACAAUGUUACAAUUUUUAAGGAGGGCGAUUCCUUACCCCUUUUUAAAGAAAAAAAAAAAGCUAUUGUCACUGCCCUAUGCUGCUCCACUUUUGGGGGUUAAUUUUGACUUUAGAUGGACUUUUAAUAUACAAGAUUUUUAUUUUUAAUUCCCCUGGUUUUUAUUUUUAUUUUUUUAAAGAAAUCCUUGUGGACUGUGUCCGAAAGAUGAAAACGGUACGGAAUUUAGCAAGAAGUGUCUGUAGAAAAGAUUUUAAGCUUUUACUUCUCUUGUCAGAAUAAAAUUGCCACCUAAUUUACUAUUCGAUGUUGAAAAAGAAAAAAAAUUCUAUAUACAUUUUUGACAACUUCUGAACAUAAGGGCGUAAAGGCUGCAAAUUGCUUUUGCUUGCCAUCAGUUUUAAAUCGGUCUAAUGUAGUUUCCUCCUAAUUUGUAAGUAGUUGUUCUCGUAUGAGAAUAAAAUUAUAAGGAAGUUGGAAUGGAGGAAAUUGAAAGAAAAUUUUUUUUUUUUAAUAUUGGCCAGCUUUCAAAUUUUUUAAGAAUUGCUUCAAAUUUCACUCUGAAGCUUUUUUUAUUUUAUUUUAUUUUUUAUUUUUUUUAUGCAUUUUUGCUUACAAUGCCCUGUGGUUAAUAGGGGAAAGAAGACUUUUUGGUGUUACCAAGAUUGUAAUACUUAAAUUGUAUAAUGUUAGGCUGUAGCCACAUAUAUAUGUCUAUAUAUAUAUAUAUAUAUAUAUAUUUAAAUAUAUAUAUAUAUUUUUUGUGUACUGGGUAUACAUAGAAGAAAUUAACCUUUUUUUUCUUUGUUUUUGCAAAUGUGCGAUAUAGACACGGUAAAGGAACCUGUUGAAUCAAGCAAGGAGGAUAUUAUUAAUAUACAAAAUUGUACAUUAUUUAUACUGUGGUAUAAAUACAUAUAUAUAUAAAUAUGCACACAUCUAGGUCAUGAUUUGUGUAUAAUUUUUUUUACACUGCCUUAUGAAUGGUUUUUGUUUUGUUUUUUUAUGCAUUAAGUACAGUCUAACUGCCUGCACCAUUUGACGCUGGGGGGGUUGUUCCUCUUCAGAAUUUUUUAUAUAUUUUUUUUUUAUUUUACAAAUUUCAAAGCAUGAUGCCCAUGAAUUAAAAAAUUGGAAUAGUUGAUGCCAGGGUAUGACAACCAGUAAGUCAUUUUGACAGCUAACCGAUUCAGGCACUGCCAGCAAACCAUAGGCUACAGAGCAAAUGUGGGUUGUGCACUAACACCGGUUACCUUUUUUUAUUUUCAUUUUUUUUUUUUUAUAUAACCACUCAGUCUUAAAUAUUUCAUGACCAAAAAAAUAUGCAUUUUUUUUAUUUUUACGGAAAAACAUUGAGGGAGUUUUUUUUUUAUACACUUUUUUUUCUCAUUUUAAUAAAUAGAACAUGUUAGAUAUUUUUUAUUAAUAAUCAAUAUGUAUAUUUUAUUACUCUUGACAUAAUGUCCCUUUUUUUAAGAAAUAAUAAAAGUUAUUAAAAAAAAUGUAGCUUUAUACUUUGU